UGCAAAUACUGUACAGCUGGGCAGGGUCUCAAGAUGGAGGGCCGGGACAACGCACAUAUCAUCCACUUCACAGAUCCAAAAAAAUGUCCUAAUGCACCGGCACAUGUGCGAAGGGAUGCCCGAAUUUACCUAUCAGCAAAGGGUGGUAAUCAUGCCAUCACAUUCAUCACCGAAGAUGGGGGGCCAUCAGCAGAAGACACCGGCCGCGAUGAUGAUUCGGGGAGUAUCACGGCUUCGGCCUCAGGCAUAACAGCAACCUCGAAUGUUAUCGCUGUAAAGAGACGGAAAUCAGGGACACUGGAGGAGUAUGGACUAGACCAUGGACUUACGGAUACCCAAAAGCAACGUGCUGAUGUUAAAUUGUUUCGGUUCUUCGUGCAUGCAAACAUUGCCUUCUAUGCCGCUGAUGACUGGUAUCUUGAGGAUUUCCUGCAUGAGAUACGUCCUUCAUAUGAUGCACCAUCAAGAUACGUACUC